UCCGAACGGCAGACUACACCGUCGGAGCUUUGAAGACGGACUGCAGGGACUGAUAUCGAAGGAAACAUUUUUAAACAUAUAUUUGAACGACGAAACCUUCUUAUUUCUAUGUACUUUCAGCGCAAUUGGAUCUACUUUUUUUUAGUGGCACAGAAAACGAAACCAUAUCGGACAGAACAAUGAGAUGGCAAGUACUAUUGUUUCUCUCGGUCUUCUGUCUCAGCUUAGCGCUCGGGCAGGUCAGUUAUUCCAUCCCCGAAGAAAUGCCCAAAGGCUCUAUUGUUGGUAAUAUAGCACAUGAUUUAGGCUUAGAUCUAAAAAGGCUGAAAUCAGGUAGAGCUCGUGUCUAUACGGGAGACAAUGUCGAAUACAUCGGUUUGAAUAAAGACAGAGGAGUCCUCCUUAUUCAGGAGAGAACAGACAGAGAGGCUUUAUGUGGAGAGACGACGCCUUGUGCUUUACAUUUCCAAUUAAUAUUAGAAAAUCCAAUGGAACUGUUUCGGGUAACAGUAGAAAUCACCGACAUAAACGAUAAUUCCCCAAGCUUUACAAAUCCAGAAAAGCGCUUUGAGAUCAGCGAAUCAGCUGUGAUAGGAUCGAAAUUCGUAUUAGAUAAAGCAAUCGAUUCUGACAUUGGGAGUAAUGGAUUACAACGAUACUCACUCAGUCCUACUGAUAACUUUGCAUUAAAACUAGAGAAUGAUGCCGACGGUACUAAAAAGGUAGAGAUGGUGUUACAAAAGGCUUUAGAUCGGGAAAAGCAGGCACAUAUACCUCUCUUAUUAACAGCUAUAGAUGGAGGAGAGCCACAGAUGUCCGGAACAAUGCAGAUAUUCGUCACCGUAUUAGAUGCGAACGACAAUGCACCAACCUUUGUUAAGCCGCAGUACAGAGCAAAAAUACUAGAAAAUUCUCCUAAAGGCACCAGUGUAACGACAGUCAGUGCAUCUGAUAAAGACAUUGGCUCCAACGGAGAAGUGUUUUAUGCAAUAUCUACGAGCAAACGUCAGUUAUCAGAGCUGUUUAAAAUCGAUAGGAACACUGGUGAAAUCACUCUGAUCGGUGAAUUAGAUUUUGAAAAGGCGAACAAUUACAUAAUGGGUGUUGAAGUUGUAGACAGUGGAGGGCUUUCGGAUUCAACUAAAGUCAUAGUUGAUGUUAUAGACGUAAAUGAUAAUAAACCUAACAUAAAUACUGUUUCUAAAUCAGAGUCCAUAUUAGAGGAUUCACCCCCAAAUACUGUCAUAGCUAUGUUAAGUGUAAAUGAUCCAGAUUCAGAUAAUAAUGGAAAGGUAGAAUGUGUUAUAAACGAUCACAUCCCCUUCAAAAUACAGCCUGCAUUAAAUGGAUUUUACACUUUAGUUACAGAAGUAACUUUAGACAGAGAAAUUGCUACCCAAUAUAAUAUAACUGUGACCUGUUCUGAUGAAGGAGUACCCUCCCUCUCCAGCAGUGUCACUCUCACCUUACAGAUCUCUGAUGUCAAUGAUAACCCUCCUGUCUUUGAGAGGAGCUCAUAUGAGGCCUACAUAGUAGAAAACAACACACCUGGUCUCUCUAUAUUCACAGUGAAAGCCACAGACUCUGAUUGGAACCAGAAUGCCCGUGUUUCUUACAUACUGGAGGACUCCUCUGUUAACGGAGUGCCAGUCUCCUCAUAUGUGUCCGUUAGUGCUGAUAGUGGAGUCAUCCAUGCAGUGCAUUCUUUUGACUACGAGCAGAUUAAGGAUUUCCAGUUCCGGGUCAAAGCUCAGGAUGGAGGCUCCCCUCCACUCAGUAGUAAUGUGACUGUGAAAAUAAUGAUCCAGGACCAGAACGACAACGCCCCUCAGGUUCUCUACCCAGUCCAGACUGGUGGCUCUCUGGUGGCUGAAAUGGUGCCUCGUUCAGCAGAUGUGGGCUAUCUGGUCACUAAAGUGGUGGCUGUUGAUGUGGACUCUGGACAGAAUGCCUGGCUCUCCUAUAAACUGCAGAAAGCCACAGACAGGGCGCUGUUUGAGGUGGGCUUACAGAAUGGAGAAGUAAGAACUAUCCGCCAAGUCACUGAUAAAGAUGCAGUCAAACAAAGACUGACUGUUAUAGUGGAGGACAACGGACAGCCCUCUCGUUCAGCUACAGUCAUUGUAAACGUGGCGGUGGCGGACAGCUUUCCUGAAGUGCUGUCUGAGUUCACUGACUUUACACACGACAAGGAGUACAAUGAGAACCUGACUUUUUACUUAGUGUUGGCUUUGGCUGUAGUUUCCUUCCUCUUCAUCACGUGUGUGGUGGUCAUUAUAUCAGUGAAAAUCUACAGAUGGAGACAGUCUCGCAUCCUGUAUCACUCCAAUCUGCCAGUGAUUCCAUAUUAUCCACCACGUUACUCCGACACUUUGGGGACAGGGACUCUCCCACACGUGUACAACUACGAGGUGUGCAGGACGACUGACUCCAGAAAGAGUGACUGUAAGUUUGGCAGAGCUGGUAGUCAGAACGUGCUGAUAAUGGACCCCAGUUCAACAGGGACGAUGCAGAGGAUACAGAGUGAAAAGAGCAUCCUGGAUGAACCAGACUCUCCUCUAGAGCCCCUCCGUGUGGAUGGCUUGAAGAAAUUCAGAGAACGGCAGAAUACGCUAGCGAUCGGAUUCAUGUUUUUGAUUUAA